CCAGCGCUUCUUCUUCUUCUUCUCUCUCUCUCUCUCUCUUCAGUGUUUCUCCCUCUGCCUCUCCCUCUCCGCUGCUUUUCUCCCCUCCCUCUCUCACCGUCGCUGGCCACCGUCCGUCCCUACCAUCGCACGUCGCCACCGCCAUCGCCAUCGCCAUCGCCGAAAUCACCACCAACACUGCCGCAAAUCACAGGAAAGGUUGGAUUAUUCUGUGCCUCUUCUAAGUUCCCAAGGGGAGCCACAUCAGUGGAGAACACUGUAGAGAUGGACAUUGACAACAACUCCAAGUUCCAACUACACCACCAACACCAACCACCCAAGCAACACAAAUACUGUAGCAUCUUGGUGAUCAUUGGAUGGAUACUCAUUACAGGAACAUUUAUUUUGUGUGGCAUAUUUCUUCUUCUACACAAGACUGCUGAUCUCUCCACUCAUGUAUCUAAACCUCGCAACAAAAACUUGUUUUUGCAAAGUUUAUACAAAGAGGAGCAGGAGAAAUCACAUAUGACAAAUGGUAACAAGAGCAGGAAGCAUACUUUUCAUAGUGACAUUCAAGAUAAGGAUAUAGUUGAAGCUCUAGAAAAUGAGGUUCAAUAUUGGACAGACUAUCAUCCUCAGAGUCUAUACAAAUAUAAUGGUUUUUGUACGAUUCUUUGUUUUGUAUGGAAUUAUUAUCGAUUGGAAUAUACUUAGUUUGUAUGGAAUUUGACAUUAAAAGUCAUUCAUUUUUGGAUGGUUGGAAGCAAAAUAGAUGCAAAUUGCGAAAUGAUUAAUAAUAUAUGUAUUGUUUUGUUUAUAUACAUUAUGUAGGUUGCAUGGAAUACACACAGGUUAUAGACAAAUUAAAAAAAAAAAAUCAUGUUUUUGGCUACUAAAUAAUUAGUA